CCGCACGUCUCCGCCGACGCCGCGAGUCCAGCACACGUCGCCUCCACCGCCGACGUCUCGUCUCCGCCAUCAUCGGUACGCCGCCGCACACGUCUCCACCGGCGACGUGACCCUCUCCCUCCGCUUCGACGCCGGCGGUUGCAGUGACCGACGUGGCACCGACGUCGAACGAUGUCGAUCAACCCUUCGACGACGGACAGUUUAUUAAUAGAUCAAGACAACACCGGAUAUGCUGGCGAUGACUCUAGUAGUGAUGAUGAAUCUUCGUUAUUCAAUGCAAAUAAAUCACUCGGACAUAACUAUAUGAGUCAGGAUGAAUCAUAUAGUGGUAAUGUGCAUGCUAUUGAUGACAAUGACGAUUAUGACAGCGAUGAUCAAUCUUAUGCUGAAAGUGGAACCCAGAGAAAUACCGAUGGUGACGCUGAGACGAGAACCUUACAUGAUGACAAUGAUGAGAAUGAUGACAAUAAUGAGGAUGAUAACAAUGAUGAGGAUGGUGAUAAUGAUGAGGAUGAUGAUAAUGAUGAGGAUGAUGACAAUGCAUCUAAUGAAGGAAAUAUGAGCGAAGGGGUGUUGAUGGUUCUAAUGGGAACGAUGAACAUGUUGGCGAUCUUGAUUUUGACCUUGACAUCAGCUAUGAUGAAUAUCAGCAAGAGACAUUGGAUAGGCAUUGGGAAGUCAUGGCCAAGACAUUCAGGUCAAAAGGAGAGGCGUACAUGUUCUAUAACCAGUACGCCAAAGAUCGUGGAUUCAGUAUCAGGAGGGACUUGAAAAGAUUUGGAAAAGGUUCCCAAAAAGUUUUACGCAUGAGGAGGUAUCUCUGUUCCAUGGCAGGAAAAACAUGGCAGGAAAACGACAGGCAAAAUUUUUAACCAUGGAAGGCCGGACCCGCACAUUGAGACUGGAGAGUCGAUGUUUCUGUGAAGCCCAUUUAAAAGUGAAGCUUGUAUGACGCCCUCGGUUUAAUCGUACGAUAAUCAUACACGCAAUGCGUACGAUCAAA